AUGGAAGCAUGUGCUCAAAAAGUGCGGUAUGUUGAAGCCGAUGCUCGAAAAGUGCGGUAUGUUCAAACAUGUGUUGUUGCCUCUUCUGGGAUUGCUUUUAGCAGAAGUGUUGGAAAUUCUCUGAUUUCUAUUUUGGUAUUGGCUAACAAUAAUCUUGGGGGUUGCAUUCCAGUCAGCAUUGGAAAAAUGGGUAAAACUUUGAAUGAAUUGAUUUUGAUGAAUAAUAAUCUAACCGGUUGCUUGCCUCCAGGGAUUGGAAUUCUAAAGAAAUUGACAGUAUCUGAUGUUAGUGUCAAUAAUCUCCAAGGGCCAUUACCUUCGGGUAUUAGUCGUACGAGGAGCUUGGAACAACUAGACGUGGGACGCAACCGCCUCACUGGAGAGGUGCCCGCCACUGUGUGUCGCCUUCCCCAGCUGUUCAACUUUGCUUACUUCAAGUCCAAGUGUGGCGGUGUCGGCAGCAACUUUGGUAUAAAGCCUAAGCCAAGGAAGAGGCCACCAGUUCAGACAAAGCCGUUAUCUUCAAAGCCAUGUACUGGGCCAAAUGGGGGUGGGAUGGGGGUAUGGGUUGGAUCUGAAAUUUCUGGACCUCGGCAUCGAAGAAAUGGUGAAUCUUCAGGUAGACUGGAGGAUCCCUACAGCCCCACCACCACUCUAUGGUGGUUGGCUAGUGUAGGUGGCAUGGGAAAACGAUAA